GCCAACUGCACGCCGCCCGCCAUCGAGCAGUUCCCCGACCCGCUGAUCGGGCCCUCCGCGCGGCGCCACGGCGGCCUCAUCAUCCACCUGCUGCUGGCCGCCUACACGUUCGUCGGGCUGGCCAUCGUGUGCGACGACUACUUCGUCGCCUCCCUGGACCGCAUCUGUGAGGAGAUGAAGCUCUCCCCCGACGUGGCGGGGGCCACCUUUAUGGCCGCCGGGUCGUCGGCGCCGGAGCUGGCCACCGUCAUCAUCGGGGUGUUCUUCGCCAAGGACGACAUCGGCAUCUCCGGCGUCAUCGGCUCCGCCGUCUUCAACAUCAUGUUUGUGAUCUCGGUGUGUGCCCUGUGCGCUGGCACCGUGUGCACCCUCAACUGGUUCCCGCUGUGCCGGGACUGCUUCUGGUACGCGCUCAGCAUCCUGGUCAUGCUGUUCGUCAUCUGCAACGACCUCAUAUCCUGGUUCGAGAGCCUGUUCAUGCUGCUGGUGUACGUGGCGUACUGCGUGUCGCUGCACUUCAACGAGCUCGUCGAGAAGUGGGCCAACACGCUGCCCCUGCCCUGCAAGCCCGCCUCCCCCGACGAGGAGGCCCACCUGGUGACGUACCGCACCCUGGCCGAGGACCCCAACAACCCCAACAACCCCAACAACGCCAACCAGCAGCAGCAGUACCCCGACAUGCAGACGAACGGCGAGGGCGGCCAGCCCGUCGCUCCCCAGGGCGCCCCCGCGGCCCCCGGCGCUCCCGGCGCCCCAGGCCCGCAGUACUACAAGCCGAAGGAGCCCACCGGCGAGGAGGUGUCGCCGCUAGAGAUGCCGCCCAACAUGAACCAGAUCGAGACGCUGCGCUGGUACUCCGUGUACCCCAUCCACUACCUGUGCCGCCUCACCAUGCCCGACUGCCGGCAGCAGCAGUACCGCCAGUGGUACCCCUUCACCUUCGUCAUCUCCAUGGUGUGGAUCUCCUUCUACUCGUACAUCAUGGUCUGGAUGAUCACUGUCAUAGGGUCCACGCUGGGCAUCCCCGACACCGUCAUGGGGCUCACCUUCGUGGCCGCCGGGGUGAGCGUGCCGGACGCACUGUCCAGCCUUGCCGUCGUCAAAGAGGGGUACGGCGACAUGGCGGUGUCGAACGCUGUCGGAAGCAACGUGUUCGACAUCCUCAUCUGCCUGGGACUUCCCUGGUUCUUGCAGACGGCCAUCAUCGCCCCGGGCAGCCACGUCAACGUGUACAGCAAAGGGCUCACCUACUCCACCCUGUCCCUGCUGUCCACCGUUGUCUUCCUGGUCGUGGCGACGCACCUCAACGGAUGGAAGCUCGACAAGAAGUACGGCGUGAUCCUGAUGCUGUGGUACUUGGCCUUUAUCAGCUUCGCCAGUCUCUACGAGUUGAAUGUGUUCGGGGACUUGAACCCCCCUGAGUGUCCAAGUACCUACUAGAUUGGCCGAGCCGACUGCAUGCCGGAUUCCGUCUUUCAAAGAGAGCCGAAAUGUGCUGAUCACAGUUGGAUUUUGAAUUUUCCCCUGCUAUAAGCACAAAAUGAUUUAAAUUAAAUCACUUGUUGAAUGGAAUAAUUUAGAAUGUCUGGGUGAAUUAAAGCUGGAGGUCAUAUCAGUUGAAAAAAAAAAGCUGGUCGAGAGAUAUAAACCUAGGUUUGAACAAUAUUUGUCGUUUAGCCUGACUGCUUUUUACCCCUAUUAAAAAAGCUGUCUUUGAUUUAUGCUGACUGUUAUGUUUUGAAUGUUUAUAUGGAUUGCUUGUUGAGUUUUAGCCUAAUAAUUUUAGAUACACUUGUUAUGGCCAUAAAACCUAAGAUUUUUCUUUGAAAAUCCAUUAAAUGUUAAUCACAAGUUAGAAUAUAUAUUUAAAUUUUAAAUGUGCAUCUCAACUUGAUAUGUAUGUAGACAUUAUUUUGUCGCGCAAAACAUAAAUAGCUUUCUCAUUCGCCCUAAAAAUGGAGUCAUAUUUAUUUUUGAGAAAUUAAUCCCUACAAGGUGCUCCAAUUGUUUAUUUUAAAAGAAAUUUAUUCAAUGUAAAUCAAGUGAUAGAAGAUUUAGUAUUAUGCCCCAUUCAUAAGAAGAAAAUAGAUAAUAAUGUCUGGAGAAUUAGCAUCUGAGGCUAACCAAGGAUGGCUGCCUCUAAACUCUAUUCUGAAAUUUGAAUGGGUAGUUAGGGGUGUCAUACGGAUGGAUUGAACCUGAUAAGAAUAACUUUGUCAUUUUGACAUAUUACUUCUUCUCCCAUCAUGUGUGGAUAUGUCCGCACAUUUGCAAUUUAUCAAGAGUUCUGUCUCACCCCAUUCACUCCAGCUGCUUUCUGCUGAUUUUAUUUUGUAGUCUGUGUGUGUUAUGCUAUUGUGAGUUCUGCCAUUCAACAGUCAUUGAAAAUUUCCACAAUUCCUACUCUUAUCAAACCCUUUAUCAUUACUUAUUCAUAUUCUCAUUGUGUGAUCUCAGUUGUAUUGAGAUCACAAGUCACUGACUGCAGUGACAUUGAUGUAAUAUUAUGAAAGUAUUGGAGUGACCUAAAGAAAUAAGUUAAUCUUCUCUCUUCAUCAUUAUCUAUCAUUAUUAUCACAAGUAAUAGACGAUGCAGAUCCCCAUAUGAGUUAUGUGGUAUCCAGCUAAAUUUCAUCACUGCAUCUGCUGGAAAUCAAAUAUGGUUGUGAUAGAUUAAGACAUUCCAAAUGUUCUUGCAUUAAAAUGCUGUAAAUGUUGGAACCUGAAACCAACAAGCACCAUGCCAAAGCAAACAUCUUAGCUCAGUCAAAAACUUCAGUUUUUAGCUGGAUUUUGUGACACAUUUCAUGGUGAUAGAUAACAAAUGAUUUUAUCAUGGCCUUUUGUUCUACAUGGGUUUAAUCAUCCACAUCCAUUAAGGUAUGAACAUCAAUUGCAAAGAUAGAAGAUUUUUUUUUUAGAAAUUGUCUUGGAAACAUUUUGAAUGCAAGCAUAAUCAGUUACAAUUAUUGAGAUUCUUUUUCUAAGGUACACCAAAGUUUGUUUAUGUUACUUAAUGUGAAAAGAAAUGGAAGAAAACACUUCAGUUAAGUUGAUUUAUAGUGCAAAAUAUAAGAGCGGGGCUCCAGCUCUGAUAUACAAGUAAAAUGUAUUAGAGAGACAGAGUUCACUUUUGGGUGUCAAUUCAAACAAUGUGAUUGUAAGUGUUUAGAUCCAUAACAAACGGCGCGAGAAGACCUCGGUUAUCAGGUCAAUUUCCUUGACCCUGGUUCUAUGCAAAGUGACUGCCUUGCAAAUGAAAUAAAGCCUGAUGUUAGUAUUGCAGAGGGAAAGCAAAAGGCCUGUAUGUUGAUAUACAAUAGAAUAGCAUAAGUAGUAUGAUAAUCCCUUGGAGUAAAGGGCUCAUUAGGGGAUGAUACAUAAAUUUAUUGUUAGUACAUCCCUGUCAUAUUGCAACACGUGACAAUAAUUAUAAGUCUUGUUACAAUAGAGAUAAAAGCUCAUGAUUGGUGAUUUAUUUGCCUAAAAUGCAGUAAGGUCUAAUCUUGACUUAAGUUAAAAAUUCAACACCACAAAAUGAUAAACUCAUGUGAAGCUUUGAGAUCUAUUGCCAAAGUUCUCUCCAAGUAAAUAAUUUGACCUGCGUUAUUUCUCAUUUAUUACGCUGCGUGUUCAAUGUGUGAUGAAUGUUCAUUCCCUUUCUGCAUAUACCAUCGCAUUUAUAUAAAUACAAUAUCAAAGUUAACGUU